AUGCCGACGCUUGGAGUCGUGGCCGUGAGCCUGUUGCUGGCCGCCCUCGCGUCCCGCUGCUCCCCAGAACUGGCGAGUCAGGAACCGGUUCGGCCCGAAUCGUCCCUUAUGCAGCCGAAAGUGAUGAUCGCCAUCCUGGCUCGUAACGCCGCGCACAGCCUCCCACGCUACCUGGGCUGCAUUGACAGGCUGGAUUAUCCCAAGGACCGUAUCGCCAUCUGGGCUGCCACCGACCACAGCGUGGACAACACCACCGCCAUGCUGCGGGACUGGCUGCGCCGGGUGCAGGGCCAGUAUCACUAUGUGGAGUGGAGGCCGAUGGCGGAGCCCCCCUCUUACACAGAUGAGUGGGGGCCAAAGCACUGGUCCAUCUCCCGCUUCAGUCACGUGAUGAAGCUGAGACAAGCGGCAUUGAGAGCAGCAAGAGAACACUGGGCAGACUACGUUCUGUUUGCAGACAGUGACAACCUACUUACGAACCCCCGUGUGCUGACGCUGCUGAUGGCUGAGAACCGAACCCUCGUGGCCCCCAUGCUGGAGUCGCGCUCCCUCUACUCCAACUUCUGGUGUGGCAUCACCCCCCAGGGGUACUACAGGCGCACCCCCGAGUACCAGCCCAUCCGCGAGUGGAAGCGGCAGGGCUGCUUCACCGUGCCCAUGGUGCACUCCACCUUCCUGCUGGACCUGCGGCGGGUGGCCAGCCGCACACUGACCUUCCACCCCCCCCACCCGGACUACAGCUGGACCUUCGACGACAUCAUGGUCUUUGCCUUCUCUGCGCGGCAAGCAGGCGUGCAGAUGUACGUGUGCAACAGAGAGCACUACGGCUUCCUGCCUGUGCCCCUCAAGCCCCAGCUGGGCCUGGAGGACGAGGCCGAGAGCUUCGCCCAUUCCGUGGCCGAGGCGCUCCUUGACCAUAACAUAGGACCGUCGGAGAACCUGUAUGUUCCGCCCACAGCCCAGGAUAGGAUGGGCUUUGACGAGAUCUUCUUGAUCAACCUGAAGCGGCGUUUGGACAGGCGGAGGCGGAUGCUGAGCACACUAGAGACCCUGGGCAUUGUGGUGACGCUGACGGAUGCAGUGGAUGGCAGGGCUCUGAACACGUCCCAGAUCCAGGCGUUGGGUAUCGAGAUGAUUCCCGGCUACAGCGACCCGUAUUCGGGCCGUGUUCUGACCCGCGGGGAGAUCGGCUGCUUCCUGAGCCACCACCAAACCUGGACGCAGGUGGUGGAGCGUGGAUUGCGGCAGGUGCUGGUGCUGGAGGACGACAUCCGGUUCGAACCCAGGUUCAAGAGCCGGCUGAGGACCAUCAUGGAGAACAUCGAUCAGGCCGGGCUGGACUGGGAUCUCGUAUACGUGGGUAGGAAGCGGAUGCAGGUGAAGCAGCCGGAGCAGUCGGUGGCUGGCGUGGACAAUCUGGUGGUGGCAGACUACUCCUACUGGACACUGGGCUAUGCGCUGUCCCUCCAGGGAGCCCGGAAGCUUCUGCGGGCUCAGCCUUUCGGCAAGAUGCUGCCCGUGGACGAGUUCCUGCCCGUCAUGUUCAACAAGCACCCGAAGGUGGAGUACAUGGCACACUUCGCAGAACGGGACCUGCGCGCCUUCUCCGUGGAACCGCUGCUGCUGUACCCAACACACUACACGGGCGAGCCGGGCUACGUCAGCGACACGGAGACCUCCACCAUCUGGGACGACGAGGCGGUGAGCACCGACUGGGACCGGGAGCACACCCGCAAGACGGCGCAGCAGGGCCACAUCCAGCCGGCGGCGCAGAACAGCGUGACGGGGGAGACACCCCCCCCCGCCGCCCACGCCUCCCGCGAUGAUCUGUGACCCCCCCUCCGAGGCGAAGGGGCUAUGUAUGGCUCACACACGACCAUCUGCAGCAAAGCAGC